AUGUGUGUAUCUGCCCGGAUCCUCCCGGAGAAACCAGCCCCAGACAUGAGCGGACGAGUGGGAGACCUGAGCCCCCGGCAGGCCGAGGGCCUCCACCAGUUUCGGGAGAGGAUUGAGGACAUCCUCCCCGGCCUCCCGGCCCAACACGACCACUAUCUGCUGCGCUGGCUCAGGGAAGAGGCUGCUGAAUAUAAAAAAGAGGACUCAGUCAAACUUUGUCUAAAAUCCUUAUAA